AUGACUCUUGACAAACACUCUGAACAUGCACCCUUCUCACCUCCCCCCCCUCAACCUUCUCCUUUAACCCGGUCGACCCAGACUACUUUGACGAUGAAUGAAGCCACACGCAACAAGCUGCUUAAGAGUUACAAGACUCAGGUGGCCUCGGCGACAUCCACUGUCUUUGCUACGCUUGCUGUGGUACUCCCUUGGAAAACGUCAAAACCCGUAUGCAGACGUAAGAGAAAUCCUGACUGCUACAUGCUUCAGUCCACUGACUUUCACAGCCACAACUUUCAAAAUGUAGCUCAGUGUGUUCGCUACUUGUGGCGUACUGAAGGCCCGCGUGGUUACGUGGCUGGCGCCCUGCCACCUCUAGCGAGCGUUACGGCGGUCAGGGUUAUGAACUUUUCCACUUAUGCCUUUGCAAAGAACCGGGUCUCCAACUUUAUCCAGAGAAUGACCGGGGAGUCGCCUUUGGAAAUCUACGACCAGGAAGGCAGCAGCCCCACUGUAUCAACUGUAAUCACCUUUACCGCUGCUGGUCUCUUUGCAGGACUCGUCAGUUCGCCGGUUGCUUGUCCAUUUGAGCUUGCCAAGAACGUGGUUCAGACCUCGGUCCUGAUGUCCCACCGUUCCCAGGCCUCUAGUAAUGCGCCCAAUGACCCUUCACUGCGCAACAUGCCACGUCUCAGCACUACCGAAGCUUUCAGACAAAUUUAUAAGAGAUAUGGCUUCCGCGGAUUGUACACCGGGUUCCAUCUUCAUGCCCUGCGCGACACCGUCGGCACCGGCCUGUACUUUGGCGUGUAUGAAACUGUCAAGCAGAUUGCGGAAAAGGAAAUGGGUAAGGGAACGGGAGCGCCCGCGAUUGCUGGUGCGAUCUGCAGCACCAUGCCGUGGUUUUGUACCUACCCGCUUGACACCCGCAAGACUCGCGCUCAGAGCGUGCUGCUUGGCAAGUCCAAGGAAGUCGGAGAGGCGGCUUCGGCCAUGGCAAAGUCCAGCAUUUACAAGGCAAACCGGCGAGCUGGAUGCUUGAAUACAUCUGCUGAAGUAUUGGCUAUCUGGAAGGUUAAAUACAUCUACGGAAGUAUUGAUGAGCUGGAUGAUUGA